AUGAUUGAACCUGUCCGUCGCGUGGCCGUGGUUGGAGCAGGUGUCUCAGGAGUGACAACUGCAGCUCAUCUUCUGGCUGAGGGGGUAGAUGUUACUGUUUUUGAAAGGGCUCCUAUCGCAGGAGGCGUAUGGGUUUUUGAUCCUCGCGUUCCCCAUGAACCAGCCUACCCGUCCAUGAAACCUUCAGUGGCAGAGUCAACCUUCCAUGACCAGGCGAAAGAUGAUGAUCCAUAUCUUCUGCACUCACCACCUGGCCCUGCUUACGAAAGUCUGACCAACAACGUUGCCACAGAAUUUCUCCAGCUCAGCCUCAACACUUGGAAGGCUGGGACGCAGGCUUUUGUGCGACAUCAUGUCCUGGCAGAGUAUAUCCAAGAAACAGCGGUGAAAACAGGCGUCCAUGAGCAGACUCUCUACAACACCGAAGUCAGGCAGGUGUCGAAGGAUGGCAAUGUCUGGAGGAUUCAAACGUCCACAUGGGAUCCGAUCAAGAGGGAAUCGGCCCUGAACCCUUGGCUUUUCGAUGCUGUUGUCGUUGCUUCCGGGCAUUACCACGCUCCGCGAGUUCCUGAUAUACCUGGACUUGCAGAAUGGAAGCGAGCAUAUCCGUCAAGAAUCCAACAUUCGAAGAGGUAUCGAAAUCCUGAAGGUUUCGACAAUCAGACCGUUCUCAUCAUCGGCGGCAGUGCUUCGUCUGGCGACAUAGCGAAAGAGCUUGGCCCUGUGGCGAAGAAGACAUGGCAAUCAACAAGAGGUGGAAAGAUGGAUGUGCCUGAAUCCUGGCUACCACCGAACUGCACACGGGUCACCCAGGUCGCUUCGUUUGGUGAGCUGAGCGACGGGUCCGAUUCAACCACAAUUCCAGGAAAGGUUGUGCUAGCCGACGAUCAAGUACUCGAGAACAUUGACCGAGUGAUCAUUGCAACUGGAUAUCAUUUCACGCUUCCAUUUUUCCCACCUGAGUACCACCAAGAUCACACACCUCCAGCGAAAGCGGACGACAAGGUCUUGAUCACGGACGGAACGAUGCUGCACAAUUUGCACAAGGACAUUUUCUACAUCCUGGACCCAACGCUAGCAUUCACUGGUGUCCCUUUCUAUACCGCCACAUUUUCAUUGUUCGAGUUCCAAGCGAUUGCGAUUGCUGCAGUGUUUUCCGGCCAAGCCGCAAUUCCUUCACAGGCGGAGAUGAGGGCAGAGUACGAUCAGAAGGUCAAGGAGAAAGGACAUGGGAAGCCUUUCCACACGCUGAUUGGAGAAGACGUGCGGUAUGCUGCAGAGCUCAUGGAAUGGGUUAACAAAGGUCGUGAUCCAUCAGAGAAGAAAGUGGAUGGAUAUUCAAAAGAAUGGAUUGAUUCUCGGGACAAAUUCGUACUCAGCUAUUGGAAGACGGGAAGUAAGGAGAAUAUUCCUCAAGAUGGACAAUAG